AUUAGAAAUCAUUUAUCAAGUUGAAUUAAACAGAAAAAGAAAUCGUGAAAAGUUGUAAUGGCGGCUAUUUGAAAGUAAAUUACAUAAGUAUUAUGUCUAAUUGUAUUUUUAUACGUUAAUAAAAAUUGUGGCAACAAUGACGAGAAUCAAAUUCGUAAAAGAAAUCCUUAUUUUGUAUCUCACCUUUCUGCACGAGGUUCAAAAUCAAUUCAGAAGCAUCCAUGGUGCCUUUCCUUUCAUAUGGAGUACCAAUGAAUAGCUAUUAAAUAAUGGUUCUGUGUUCAACAAUAAAUGUCGGUCGUGAGACGUUUAAUAAUUACAAAAGCUAACACACGAGUGCAGAUUGUACUCCGUUGUCGAGAGGGGCGCGUUGGUUGUUGAAAACACUUGAAAAAUCGUUGCGAAACGAUACGUUUUUCUCCCUUCUAUUUUUUCGGCCUUCUUACAUGACAUCAGCCAUGAAUUCAUAACAGAAGAUAGUCGUGUAAGUGUUUGUUUUAAUUUUAAAUGGGAUAAUUUUGAAAGUAUUGAUAGAAAUAAAAAAUAAGGAAUAUCAUGUCAUGCGAUGAAGCUUGUUCGUGUAAUAAACGUGGUAUAGAUUACUAUGGCGUACUAUCGUUGAAAAAAGACUGCGACGAUUUGGAGAUCAAAGCUGCAUUUCGACGCUUAGCGCUACGAUAUAACGCUAAAAGAGCGAAAGAUGAAUGUUUAUGUACUAUUUUCGCCUUAGUAGCCGAAGCAUACGAUGUGCUUUCAGAUCCCCUUAAAAGAACCAUAUACGAUCAAUUCGGCGAGGAAGGUCUUAAAAAUGGCGUGCCUGGAGCCGAGGGAUUUAUUCAACCGUAUACUUAUCACGGAGAACCGAUGAGAACCUAUAGGGAGUUCUUCGGUACCGAAAGUCCUUAUGCUGAUCUACUCUACGUACUAACGCAGUCUUCGUCUCUGCUCGAAUUUCCCGAGGGGCGGGGUAUAAAGCGCAAGGAAGAACCUCUGAUAAAAACCUUGUACCUAACUCUACUGGAGGUCUUUCUUGGAGGGAUAAAGAAAAUGAAGAUACAAAGAUUAGUAUUGGUAGGGGACGAUAAGACUAAGACAGUGACGAAGGAAAAAAUUUUAACGAUACCCAUUAAACCAGGCAUUCCGACGGGAACGAGGAUAGUGUUCCCAGAGGAAGGUGAUCAAGGACCCACGAAAAUUCCUGCGGAUGUAAUCUUCAUCACGGAGGACCGGCCUCACGAGACCUUCCGAAGAGAGGGCUCUGACUUGCACAUGACGGUCGAUAUCUUUCUGCGAGAGGCACUGACCGGAACAGUGGUCACCGUCAACACGCUCGACGACAGAACCCUUCGAAUACCACUAACGUCUGUCAUCACACCUGAUUACAAGAAACACGUACCUGGCCAAGGAUUGCCGCUGCCGGAAAGUCCGAAGAAAAGAGGAAGUCUAAUCAUAUCGUUUAAUAUUGAAUAUCCGGUAUAUUUGCCGGUAUCAAAUAAAAAUUACAUUAAACGAGCGUUUGAUACGUCCGCAGAUAUCAAAGAUACGGAAUACGUUCACCGUCUUAUAUUGGCCAAUAAAAUGCGUAGAAACGUAGAUUUUGAUGUUCCUAUACGUCGAUAUACCGACGAUUACGAGGCAAAAUAAUUAGACGUUAUAUACAAUACUUAAUUUCUCUAUUCUUUUCAUUCAAAUAAUUUAACUCGUCGAUUUGAAGUAUUAAUUUUUUUAG